CCUUUCCUUCAAUUUUCAACACACUCCCAUAAAUCCCCAUUCCUAUGGCUCAAUUUCAUUACCUUCCCUUCCUCUUUACUAUUUUAAUCGUCGCCGUAACCACCAAUUCCCGACCAACCGCCACAUCAUAUACUCGAGAUCAAGUAUCAUGCACCAUGUGCAGCGAAUGCGAAAACCCGUGUCAACAAUCUCCUUCACCUCCACCACCAUCACCCCCACCACCACCAUCCGACACUACUAAUAAUUGCCCACCGCCACCUUCACCGCCAUCCUCCACCUAUAAUCCACCUCCGGCCACCCCAUCAACACCCUCUGUUCCGAAUUUACCAUACUACCCACCACCGUCGCCACCUUCCGGUGGUGGAUACGGCUACCCUACUCCCCCGCCACCCAACCCAAUUCUCCCUUAUUUUCCUUUUUACUAUUAUAACCCUCCCCCGCCAGAUUCAUUCGCUGUUCAAUUGAACAUUAAUCCACUUCAUAUUAUUCUUCCAUUAUCAAUUUUUGUAUUAUUUUUAUUUAACCUCUAGCUAGCUAGUAUUAUUAUUUUUUUACUUUCUUUUUUAUGCUCAGUUUUAAGGUGAUUAAACAAAAUUGAAGAUCGAAGAAUGCGGUCGCUAGGAGAACUAUACAUAUCAACCAUAUAUAUGUCACUUUUGUUUCAUCAAAUUCUUAUGUAACUUUUUUCUUUUCUUUUCUUUUUAUUUAACAUUUGAUUAAAUGUAGUUGUUUACCAUCUCAAACAAUAAUGAGAGUAAAUUUUCCGUCUAA